CACUCUUUCCUUUUUUUUUUUUUACUCCACUUAAACUACAAAUGACAACAAGUGAACAAAGACCUGUUAUACUAUUAUCACCACCACCAGCCCGAUUUUCAUUUGAAAACAAGAUACCUACACCCACGAUUUCCACUACAUUUUCCACACUCAGUAGAAAACUAUCCAGUCUAUCACUAAGAUCUAGUCCUCCCUCACCACGACCGGGAGACGACGCAUGCACACCUACCAACCUCUCAGGUUCGAGUUUUCUGUUGCUACCCAACGAUGAUUACAGUCACCUCAAGACAACCUCGAUUGUUGUCAGUGAUGGUCACAAUACACCGUAUUUGCCUCCCUCGCCGACAUUUUCGGCAUGUACCACACCCACGAGUGAACGCGCACAACCAUCGGUGAUAUUACAAGAUAAAUAUAGGGAUCAUAAAAAGGGUAAAACUAUCGGUACAGGUGCUACAGCUAAAUUAAGACUACUCGAAUCCAACACGACAAAAUCCAUUGUGGCUAUCAAGACAUUCCGUAAACGAGACCAUAAGGAUGAGUCCCGAAAAGGCUAUGAUAAACGAAUGACAAGUGAAUUCUGUAUUUCUAAAACACUGAGUCACCAGCAUGUGGUGCAAGUGUUUGAUUUGCUUAAAGAUAAAAAAGGCCGAUGGUGCACUGUGAUGGAAUACUGUGCAGGUGGUGACGUUUUUUCCAUCUUGCAGCAGUUUGAUCUGAGUGACGGGGAGAUUGAUUGUCUGUUUAAGCAACUGUUACUGGGAGUACAACAUAUCCAUCAAAGUGGAGUGGCACACCGUGAUAUCAAGCCCGAGAAUCUCGUGAUGACAACCACGGGACUAUUAAAGAUUGCAGAUUUUGGUGUGGCCGAUGUAGUCCAAUCCUGUUUUGAUCAAGACUCGAGGUUGUCGCGAGGUAAAUGUGGGUCAGAACCAUAUUGGUCACCGCAAUUAUUUUAUUCUGAUGAAUAUAACGGUCGAGCAUUUGACAUUUGGAGCUGUGCUGUCACCUGGCAUUGCAUGUUGUACCGUCGUAUACCGUUCUUCAAGGCAUGCAAUGAAGACCCUAAUUACAUUGAUUUCCUAAAGGCUCGAAAGGAUAGGAGUUGGAUCCCACUUUCCAAGUGCAACGCUCAUGAAAGGGAGGGACUCUAUGGUAUGUUUGAUCCGGAUGAAAAGACACGUUGGACCAUUGAUCAGGUCAUGACUUCCCCUUGGAUCGAAUCGAUCCCUGUCUGUUACGAGUCCUUUGAUAAUCAUCGACAUCAUUUUUAUUGA